GUGUGUGUGUGUGUGCUUGAUCAACUCUAGAUUCGUGGAGCUUGAGGUGGAGGAGGUGACAGCUAAGGAAAGGUCAAAGGUCAUACAAAGGUCACCGUCAGGUCAGAGUGGAGCCCAGGCUGAGUUGAAAGGUUACACGGGGAAGAGCAGUGCCACCACGUCAGCCAAAGAGACAGAAACCAAAUGCAACACAAGAGUUAACCAAGCCAAAGACAAAACUCAGAGGGCCGCUAAGAGUGGCAGUGGUCCUAGAGUGUCCCGUGGUCGCCGACUAGGGAAAGUGGACAUCAAGGUCCUGGAGGAACGUGCCCUCGGGGAGUACACGGCAGCCAUGGAGGCCCUCCUUAUUGACCCCACCGGGGUCAGGGAGAGGUUAGAGGUCAGAAAUCAAGAGGAAGAGGGGGAUGAGAAGAAGAAUGAUGAGGAGGGAGGAGGAGAUGGGGAAGGCUCGUUCACAGAGUACCUAAAUGAGCUGUGCAGUCAGAAGGAGUUUGUCACUAAGGUCGGAGCAGUGCUGGAUUUGCAGUACCUGUCUUCUCUCCUCACCUCAGACCCCGAUACCAUCGACCUCCGAGCACAGGAGGAGGCACAGGUGGAUCAGGAGAUGCCAGAUGUACCUGCCAGUGUUACUUGCAGUGACCCAGAGGACUACGCUACCCACACUGCAUCUGAAGGCUGUACUGCACAACAACAGGCCCCGUCACUCACAGAACACAGAGAAGCUCUGAGCCCACCUAUGACAUCAUAUGAAUUACAAUUCGAGAGGCACUGCAGGUCUAUGUCUACCAGUAUUCAUCGUAAGAGCCGUUCAACUUCAAACUACGAUAACCACAAUGCACCUGACCACGGGCCUCCAUUGUUCAUACAGACCCAGGAUGGUUGUACUGUUAGUUACCUCAUCCCUCCUACCCCUUCACCGUCUGGAACUUUCCAACUGGCAACCUCACAGGACGGCAUGUUUCAGCUUCAAGGUCCCUGCCCUCCUCCUCAACCUGGGAACAACUACUCCCACAAUGCACCAUUCCCAAUGCCCACACUACACCUCCGAGCCUUCCCUCUGCCACCUCUACCUGUUAGUCACAAAAAUGACAACUACCAUAACGCACCACCACCGCAAGGGUUUUUCGUCCUACCGGAAAACUAUUCCACACUCCCUACCCCUAUGGCAGGCCAGGAUGCAUUUCAGAUGUGUCCUCCACAACGUUCCAGGCACUUUGUGUUCAGUGAGGACAGCCCUGAGGGUGGACCCUUCAUGUUUAUUCCUAUGGGAGAUUACGUCCCCCACAAUGCACCACUUCCGAUGAUGAUGAACUUCCCCUCCCCAUUUCCUUUCUCUGAACAUCAAAUCCUGAGUUAUACUCCUAGUAACCAGACUUCCCAACAGACACAGUAUCAUUAUCCAAACAAUACUAUUGCUGUGACUGAUGUCUACUAUCCCCCAGGAGCUAUGCCUGUAGAAAAUGAAAACAAUCAGAAUCUUUAUAUAACAACUGGGCCUAAUACAGCCUAUGAAGCUAUAUUGUCACAUGGUCAUAGCUCGUCAAUAGAACUACCCGCCGCCAUCUUGCCUGUUGUUGGCAGCAGUGGUCAAUAUAGAACAGGACAUUCAGCCUCAAACUUUGUGGUUCAGGAAUCAAAAGACCCACUCUCAAUCACUUCAGUCCUUGACCUCCAGGGCGGUCCUCUGCAAGGGGAUCUUCUAGCCUCCGAGCCCACCACAUCCUCAACCACGUCUGGGGUACUCAACAACCUGCACCGGAUUAAGUCCGAUCAACAGAACUACAACCAGUCAGGUCAACAAAACUACAACCCCCGGAACGAGGCAAACUUGUCAAACUUGUCUGUCCCCUUAAAUACGAGUAAAGAUGGGUCAACCUUCACGAUCCUGCCUCUGGAAAGAGAGGAAGAUGGAGUGAUGGAGGGAAUGAGUGAAGAAGAAGAGGACUCGGGCGACUCCACCGCGGGGAAAGUGGGAGAUGUGCCGAAACAGGAGGAUCUGGAAGAAAAGAAAGAAGAGGAGGGAGGGAGAGAAGAAGAAGAGGGAGGAAGAGAAGAAGGAGUAGUACUAUCACCCAUCCAGACAUAUCCUUUCCCCUCACCUCCUCCUGUCUCUAGUCUAGGCCCGCCUACUCCGAUUGCAUCCCCCGGCCCUUUCCCUCUGGCGGCUUAUCACGGGGGCAGGAGGAUGUUGACGGAAAACCCACCAUUCUGCCCCCCUAACCUGAGACUCCUAGCCAUGGCUGCACUCAUCCACUCUGCCUCUUCAACGCCCCCGGAGGGCCAAGGAGACGACAACAAGGACGAGGGUCAACUGAACUGGAAGCCCCAGGAUCCUCGCCCCUUUCAGCUGUCUCACCCUGCCCGGGACAGGGACAGGGUCACCCCCCCUUUAGGCCAUGGGGAUGGGGAUACCCCCUGCACCGUACCCAUCCAGUCCUUCAUCAUGGCUGUCUCCUGCUCCACCCCCAGAGGCGACCCCUUCCUGGAUGCUCACCUGACAGGCUGGGUUAGGGACACCCUGAACCCGGCAGGUGAGGGAGAUCCAGAGCCUCUACCUCUAUGGGCUACUGCCUCUCUCUCAGACCCCAUAGAGGAGCCUCAAAUUGGGGAAGGGAGUCUGGAACACAGGCCUCAGCUGGAGGAAGGUCCUAGACUGGAUGUGACUGGGAGAGGAAUGGAGGUGGAGGCAGCUGACAAUGGAGGUGAGGAGGAAUGGAGGGUGAUAGACACUUCGUCAUUCGAUGGGCCCAACACUGAAACAUCUGAUAGUUUCACUGCUAAAACGUUAGACUGUGUGAAUAGUUCAGCUUCAGAUGGCAACAAAGCUGAAGCUUCAGAUAUGCGUAUCAGUUCUCAAGCUUCAGACAUGCAUAUCAGUUCUCAAGUUUCAGACAUGCGUAUCAGUCCUCAAGCUUCAGACAUGUGUAUCAGUCCUCAAGCUUCAGACAUGUGUAUCAGUCCUCAAGCUUCAGACAUGUGUAUCAGUUUUCAAGCUUCAGACAUGUGUAUCAGUUUUCAAGCUUCAGACAUGCAUGUCAGUCCUCAAGCUUCAGACAUGCGUGUCAGUUCUCAAGCUUCAGACAUGCGUGUCAGUUCUCAAGCUUCAGACAUGAGUAUCAGUCAUCAAGCUUCAGACAUGCAUGUCAGUCCUCAAGCUUCAGACAUGCGUGUCAGUUCUCAAGCUUCAGACAUGCGUGUCAGUUCUCAAGCUUCAGACAUGUGUGUCAGUUCUCAAGCUUCAGACAUGUGUGUCAGUCCUCAAGCUUCAGACAUGCAUGUCAGUCCUCAAGCUUCAGACAUGCGUGUCAGUUCUCAAGCUUCAGGACUGGACCGUGCCAACGUUAAAGCAUUAAAUAUAAUUGAUCUUAAGGUGACAAAUGUGUCUGAAACAAAUCCUCCAGACAAUGUCAACACUCAGGCAACUAACAGUGCAAUUGUUCAAGCAACAGACACAACCAUCACUGAAGCACCUUGCGUUACUAACUCUGGAAGUUCAACCACUGUCAACGAAAAGCUAACAGACGUGAUCACAGCCACCGAAGCCUCUGGUAUCACUGAGUCAUGUGGUUCAGCUGGUGGCAACAAACCGUCGCCAGACUCUCCUGCUAUUGACUGUGUGAAAGAGUUCGCUGACCUCAGUACAGUUCCUAUUAUCACUCAGGUGGACUCAGACAUAGAGAGCUCACCGCCAUCCAUAAGCAGCAGAGAUCCUGGAUCAACCCUACUGUCAGACUGUAUGAGUGAGACAGUUGAAGAAGCCUAUCCUAGAAUGGAGGAAACAUGGAACCAGCCUAUAGAAGGGGUGAACUUGGAUGAGUCUAUGUCCGAUAGUCAGGCUUCCAUACCUGGGCUGCUCCACCCUCACUCUGCCUGGGAUGAGUCCACUCCACUCCCCCUGUGUCUGGAGGCUACAGGGGUCAACAGCGACCAGCUCCAGUCAUACAUGCCCAGGGACAGCACAAGGGAGACGGCCAACAUCUCUACCGCACACACCCUCCUCAACCUGGGGCAGGUUGAGGUGGAACACUCCCUCACCCCAGCGUCUCGUGGAAGUACAGAGGGGGAGACAGUUUUGGGUGGCACCGAGGGACAGAUGGAGAGUGAUGGAGAGAGAGAAGACGGGGUGGAGACAGGAGAGGAGGCGGAGAUGGAGGUAAAAGAGAUGAAGCAGCAGAAGAGAGAGACUGAGUCGGAGGUAGAGACCACCCAAACCGGUCAACGGGCAGAUAGAGGGAAUACAGAGAGGAGAGAAAGAGAAGAAGAUGAAGAGAGAAUGAAGGAGAGGAACGAGAUCGUUGGAAGACUUGAAGAGCCGUCAAAGGCGAAUCCAAGCAGAAACAGCAAGAGGUCAACUAGACAUCAGAAACAGAGAGAUAGUAGACGGAGGAACGACACCAUGAAAACAGAAGAGGGGAAGAAAGAAAUAGAAAAUGAAAAGGAGGUAGUAAAGAAAACUGAGAAAAUAGAAAUGAGGGAAGUAGCAGUUAGAGAAGAAGAAGAGGGGGAAGUAAUAGCAAUCGAAAACAAGAUGGAAGAGAAAACAGAGAAAAAGAAACAGAGACCGUCAAGGAAAGGACGAGAGAGACAAGCUGUGAAUAGAGAACAGGCUGAAGAGAAAGAACAGAGGAGUGACAGAGCGGUGCAGACGGAGUUCAAGGCUGCUACUGCGCCUAAUAUUAACACUGAUAAAGUGAAGGUGACACUGAAAGAGCCUCAACAGCGUCAAGGCCAGAAAACGGAGGCAGACAGAGAGACGUUGAAACAACGGGACGAGGCAAAGGAUAAGACACAAAAGCCAAGUACCAUGACAGGACCUAUGAUAAGAGCAAGGAGGAGUAGCAAAGCUGCAGAGAAGGGGAAAGAGGAGUCAUCCAAAACGGCGAAGAAAGAGACAGAGAAAGAGGAUGAGGCAAAAAGGACAGAAAAGCCCCGUUUUAUCCCAAGUCCUAUGAUAACCACAAGAAGGAAGAGCAGAGCAGCAGAGAAGGAGAAGCCCAAACCAGGAAACACAAUGAAUAAAGUGACAUCUGUAGAGAUGGAUGAAGAAGAGGGCGAGAGAAAAGAGAAAAGAUCUGAAAGGCCCAGAACUCUAACUCCUGUGACAAGAAAGCAAAGAAAAGAUGCAGAAGGGAAAAAAGAAGGGAAGCCAAACACAAAGAAAGAGACAGGUGGCGAGACAGAGAAACAAAGGGAUGAGGUAGAGGAGAGGACUGAAAACCCCUGUCCCAUGACUAGUACUGCGACAAACCGUAUGAUCACAACUAGAGGGAACUGGAGAGCUGAAGAGUGUAAGAAAGAACAGAAUCCGCACACAGCUCAAAAAGAGGCCUUGGCUACUACCCCUAAUAUCUACACUGAUAAAGAGAGGGAAGAGGGAGGGAGAGAAGAGAGGGAGGACGUACCAACCUCAGGGAAGGUGACGUGGAGAGAGCUCAGUCCUAUGACAAGAAGGAAAUGGGGAAAGAACGACGUGGAAAGGAAAGACAAGAAGGAGCCGAGCACAGCAAAUAUGGAGAUAGAUGGAGAGAUGGGGAAAAAGGAGAGAGAGACGAUUGAGAAGUCUAGUCUUAGACGUCCUGUGACUAGAGCAAGAAGGAAGGAUGUAGAGGGAAAGAAAGAGGAUAAAGCAAAACCAGCAGAGAAAGAGACAGGAAAACAAGGGAACGAGACAAAGGAGGGGAGGACUGAAAAGUCUUCUCCUAUUCCAAGUCCCAUGGCAAGAACGAGGCAUGCUAAAGCCGUAAUGGGCAGGAAGGAGCAGAAGGAAGAGUCCCCAAACACUGCAGAGGAGGAGACGGGGAAACAAGGGGACAAGGUGGAAGAGCAACUGACAGAAAAUCUGAAAAGUAAAACUAUCGAGGGGGAAGGGACUAUCGAGAAUGAUGCAUUCGUAACCAACAGGGGUCUAAACCGCAAAGGAAUGAAAAGGAAGGCGGGAGAGAGUGGGGAUAUGGGAGGGAAGAAGGAGGAAAGACAAGUAGUGGUUCAAUCUGAAGAAGGGAGCCAUUUAGGAUUCAAAAAGCUUCAAACUAAAAACAGGAGAGGACUAACAGAGGAAUCCACCUCGUCCUCCAACGGAAAGAUAGAGAAGGUAGAAACCGAUGCUAAGAUAACAGGAAACAGAGGGACAACAGAAAACAAAAUAGAGCUAAAGACCAUUCCAGCAUCCAGAACCAAACACAGUGACGGGAAAAGGGAGAUAGAAACAGUUCUGUCCCCUGUAACUGAACGGAGGACAGGAAAAACAGAGGGAGGAAAAAGAAAUGGAGAGACCAUUCAUCCUCCCAUCCCAGCCAAGCUCAGUAAAGUGGAGGAGGAUGAACCAACACAGGCAGAAGGUCACACAUCUGACGAGAUGAGAGAGAAAGUGGAACCCAAGAGAAAGCAAGAGAUGGACAGAGCGAGAGAGAGAUGGAGCCAGAGAGUGGGUAAAAGACAGAGACUGAGUGAGAAGAGAGAGAAAGUGGAACCCGAGAGAAAGCCAGAGAUGGACAGAGCGAGAGAGAGAUGGAGCCAGAGAGUGGGUAAAAGACAGAGACUGAGUGAGAAGAGAGAGAAAGUGGAACCCGAGAGAAAGCCAGAGAUGGACAGAGCGAGAAAGAUGGAGCCAGAGAGUGGGUAA